AUGCUUAUUGGCUCUUACUAUGCUCAAUUUUACCUACCAUAUGUGGUAGAAAGAACUUGGCUACAAAUCAUAUUCGCGUUAUCUUUAGGAUUCGCAUGUGCUCAGCUUGGGUUAAAUCAACUACAUGACGCGUCACACUUUGCGGUAACAAAUGAUCCAUUUGUCUGGAAGAUAUUGGGUGCUACCCAUGAUUUCUUUAAUGGUGCAUCUUAUCUUGCAUGGCUUUAUCAACAUGCUUUCGGCCAUCAUAUUUAUACAAAUAUCGCAGGCUGCGAUCCUGAUAUUUUAACGGCUAUUAAAGUUCGUGUCCAAGACAUAACAAUUUUAUAUUUUGUUGGUUCGAACGAUAAAAUACGAGUAAAUCCUAUUACAACAUGGCAUAAUUGUGUAUUUUGGGGUGGCAAGGUAUUUUUCGUGUUAUAUCGCAUCCUCGUUCCUUUGAUGAUGGGUUUUUCAGCAUGGAAAGUUUUCUCACUAUUUGCCAUCGCUGAUGCAGUUUCAUCAUACUGGUUAGCUUUGACAUUCCAAGCUAAUCAUGUUGUGGACGAAGUAGAAUGGCCUCUUCCUGAUAAAGAUGGCCUCAUACAAAAGGAUUGGGCUGAAAUGCAAGUUGUUACGACUCAAGACUAUUCGCAUGAAUCCGGAUUCAUAACGGCGAUUGUUGGAUCUUUGAAUUAUCAAGCUGUUCACCAUAUUUUCCCACAUAUAUCUCAACAUCAUUAUUAUAGGAUUGGUCCUAUCGUUAAGGAGACAUGCCGGGAGUUUGGAAUUCGAUAUUAUUAUAAGGAUACACUUUGGGAUGCUAUUGGAUCACAUUUCAGACAUCUUCAUUUGCUUGGCCUAAAGCCAGAGGACCAUGUUAAAGCAGAAUAA